AUGACAUCUGUUGGCCACAAGAUUAGUGGCAGACAACGGUGGACUCCAACACCUGUACAACUUCAAAUUCUUGAACGUUUAUUUGACCAAGGGAAUGGGACACCAAGCAAGCAGAAGAUCAAAGACAUAACCUCUGAUUUGUCUCAACACGGCCAAAUUUCCAAGUCAAAUGUCUAUCAUUGGUUUCAGAACAGGCGUGCUAGAUCAAAAAGGAAGCAGCAUGUUGCAGCACCAAACAGUGCAGAAUCAGAAGUGGAGACAGAGGUUGAAUCACCUGAUGAAAAGAAGACAAAGCCAGAGGAUUUCCAGUCUCAACAUAACCCAGCUCCAAGGGCUGAGGAUUUGUGCUUCCAAAACCCUGAAAUAAGCUCUGGGAUGCGUUCUUUAGAUUCAAAGUCCAAUAAAGGAGAGCCCAUGUUUCCAUCAAAUGGCAGUUCAAAACCUGAAAGGAGUUUGGGACAAAUUUCUUUCUAUGAUAGCAUGUUAUCGAACCCAAGAAUCGACCACUUGAUUGGAAAGAUGGAAGCGUCAGGGAGCUACAAUCCAUAUUUGCAGGAAGAUGACUACAGCAUGACAAGUUGA